UAAAAUGUGAAGGAAUGGUUUGUCUAGGUUUUUUGCAGGGUUUAAGGCGGCGACUGCCUCUGCCAGCCGGCGUAUCUUGUCCUCGAAUCGAACCCCGUCUCUCGUCCGAGUUUCAUGUUUGCGAUAUCAUCCUCUGUUGAUCACAUUUCUGGGCUUUAGGUCUGCGGAGGCGCUCUUAUUUACUGCCUCCCAAUUGGUUGCAUCUGGUCCAAUGAUGUGGAGGAAUUUAUUGAAGCAAUCUCACUUGAGGAAGUUCAGGUGUUUGGCGGAAUCCAGCCCUUCGGUUAAUGGAUUUUCUACGGUUAGAUCAUCCAAAGAUUCGACAUCUUCUAACAAGACCGGACUUCUCGAAUUCUCUACUUGUUCUGUAAAUUAUCGGAUUCCUGAAUCAGGGGUUUGUGAAGAUUUAAGCUUAUGUAGGAAGUAUGGUGUGAGGUGCCUUAAUUAUGCAAAUGCUAAUCACCGUUUCGCGUUUUUGAGGAAUACGGAGGGCUACGCAACUGCUGCAGCUGAGGCUUUAGUGUCCACAUCUGAAGAAGAGGUUGACGAAAUUCAAGAAGUUGUGCGUAAGAUGAGCAGAGAUUAUGAAGUUAAGAAAUCAGGUAUGUGCGAGCAGAAGCAGCCAAAAAUGGUGGGAGGGAUGGGAUCAGGAAAGUACCAUAUUCUUCGGAGGAGACAAAUAAAGGUAGAGACAGAGGCUUGGGAACAGGCGGCCAGCGAGUAUCAAGAGCUUCUGACGGACAUGUGUGAGCAGAAAUUGGCCCCUAAUUUGCCUUACAUUAAGUCAUUAUUCUUGGGGUGGUUUGAACCGCUUAGGGAUGCCAUUGUUGCAGAGCAGAAUUUAUGCAAGGAGGGUAAAAACCGUGGGGCUCAUGCACCGUAUUUCGAUCAAUUGCCAGCAGAUAUGAUGGCUGUUAUAACAAUGCAUAAGUUGGUGGGAUUACUGAUGACUGGAGGAUGUAAUGGCAGUGCUAGAGUUGUGCAAGCGGCUUCUCAUAUUGGUGAAGCCAUUGAAAAUGAGGCCCGGAUUCACAAGUUUUUAGAGAAUUGCAAGAGAAAAGAUGCAUUAAAUAGAGUCACCGACACUGACAAAGGGAUUGAUAUUGAGGCCAAGGAGCAGGAGAGACUAGGCAAAAAGGUCAAAGCUUUGAUUAAGAAACAAAAAUUGCAUCAAGUUAGGAGAAUAGUGAAGCAGCAAGAUCAUUUUAAGUCAUGGGGCCAAGAAAAUCAAUUGAAGGUUGGUAGCCGUUUGAUUCAGAUAAUGACACAAACAGCCUACAUACAACCUCCUACCGAUCAGAUGGAUGAUGCACCACCAGAUAUUAGACCCGCAUUUGUGCACACGCUGAGAUCUAUAGAUACAGUGAAAGGCACCAGGAGAUAUGGGGUGAUUGAGUGUGAUCCUUUAGUCCGCAAAGGCUUGGAAAAAACUGCUAAACAUAUGGUGAUUCCUUAUAUGCCGAUGCUAGUUCCUCCACUAAACUGGAUUGGUUAUGAACGGGGUGCUUAUUUGUUUCUACCAUCAUAUCUUAUGCGCACACAUGGGGCAAAACAACCACGAGAAGCUAUUAAAAAAGCUUCAAAACAGCAGCUAGAACCUAUAUUCCAGGCCCUAAAUACUCUUGGCAAUACUAAAUGGAGGGUAAAUAAAAGAAUACUUGGUGUUGUGGACAGAAUUUGGGCUAAUGGAGGUUGUCUUGCUGACUUGGUUGACCGUGAAGAUAUACCUUUGCCAGAGAAACCGGAUACGGAUGAUGAGGCAGAAAUUAAGAAGUGGAAGUGGAAAGUCAAAACAGUGAAAAAGGAGAACGGUGAAAGGCAUUCACAGCGGUGUGAUACAGAACUCAAACUUGCUGUGGCCAGAAAAAUGAAGGAUGAAGAAGGGUUUUACUAUCCUCACAAUUUGGAUUUCCGAGGUCGUGCAUAUCCCAUGCACCCAUAUUUGAAUCAUCUUGGCUCUGAUCUCUGCCGAGGAAUCCUAGAAUUUGCAGAGGGCCGUCCACUUGGAAAGUCAGGGUUACGUUGGUUGAAAAUCCAGUUGGCGAAUUUGUAUGCCGGUGGUGUUGACAAAUUAUCUUACGAAGGUCGGAUAUCUUUUACUGAAAACCAUAUGGAUGAGAUCUUUGAUUCUGCAGACCGACCUCUAGAAGGGAGACGAUGGUGGUUGGGUGCUGAGGAUCCUUUUCAAUGCCUAGCCACUUGCAUGGACCUGGCUGAAGCAUUACGAAAUCCAUGCCCAGAGGCUACAAUCUCACACAUCCCUGUUCACCAGGAUGGCUCAUGUAAUGGCUUGCAACACUAUGCUGCCCUUGGAAGAGACAAGCUGGGAGCAGCUGCAGUUAAUCUUGUUGCGGGAGACAAGCCUGCUGAUGUUUACUCCGGAAUUGCUGCUAGGGUUCUUGAGAUAAUGAAGAGAGAUGCUGCUAAAGACCCUGAAACCGAUCUGAAUGCUAAGCAUGCUAGGAUGUUAAUCGACCAUGUGGAUAGAAAAUUAGUCAAGCAAACGGUGAUGACAUCAGUUUAUGGUGUGACAUAUAUUGGUGCGCGUGAUCAAAUCAAGAGGAGGUUAAAGGAGCGAAAUGCUAUUGAAGAUGACACAGAGUCGUUUAUUUGUGCUUGCUAUGCUGCAAAAAUUACUUUAACUGCACUAGGAGAAAUGUUCGAGGCUGCACGAAGCAUAAUGAGUUGGUUGGGAGACUGCGCAAAGAUUAUAGCAAUGGAGAACCAACCCGUACGUUGGACUACACCCCUAGGCCUCCCUGUUGUCCAGCCUUACCGUCAGUUAGGAAAGCACAUGAUCAAAACUUCUCUUCAGGUUUUAACUAUUCAACGUGAAACUGAUAAGGUGAUGGCUAAGCGGCAGAGAACAGCUUUUCCUCCAAAUUUUGUGCACUCGCUCGAUGGUUCUCACAUGAUGAUGACCGCCAUUGCCUGCUCAGAGGCGGGAUUAUCUUUUGCAGGAGUACAUGAUUCCUAUUGGACUCAUGCAUGUGAUGUCGACGAAAUGAACAGAAUUCUACGAGAAAAGUUCGUUGAACUUUAUGAGAUGCCGAUUUUGGAGAAUUUGUUGGAGAGCUUCCAGGAAUCCUUUCCGGACCUAAAUUUUCCGCCGUUGCCAGAACGAGGAGACUUUAACCUGAAAGACGUGUUGGACUCAACCUAUUUCUUCAACUAGUUCAGCAGAUUUUAAUCAUUAUUUCUCCACAAGAGUAACAAGCUGAUCUGUCGCUGGGGAGAGUCAAUCAAACAUGUCGCCUCGCAACAAAUCUGCAGCGUCGACUCAAGCAGCUGUUGUUGAUAAAUGAGCAUACAUUCAGAGUGUUAGGACACAAUGGAGGCAGGUACUAAACCAGCUUUGCACCGGAGAUUGUUUGAAAUCGGGAGCGAACCGAUUCGUGUACAUGUAAGAAACAUAUGUUCGUGGCGCCAGUCAGAAGAUGUCGCCGGGAGGAUGACCUCCGAAGGGCUCUAAACGACACUGAACUAUAUCGUCAAUCUUUGUUGUUUUAUCUCUAUAGCAAAAUAUGUAGUGCUCGUAUUUUUCGAAAUAAAACACACCGAUUACAGGGUCCA